AUGUGGUUAUCAAAACAACCUCAAGAUGUAAACGCUCUCUUGGCGGAGAAACAAGAGCUCCGGAAACAAUUGGACAGAGAGCAAAGUGAAAAACAGGAACUGUUCAUGCAGAUCAAUUCUAUGAUUGCAAAGUUGGCAGAUUCUGGAGAUCAAGAUGAGAUUAAUCGGUUGAAAAGUGAUGUGAAUUCGUUGAAAAGAGAGCUGGAGGCGGAGAAAAUUGCAUCAAAUGCAGAAGCAGCGAGACUGAAAUCGGAACUCCAGAAAGCUAGAUCUGAAAUUCAAAAUUCAAUAAACGAUGGUGACAAAGAAAAGGAAGCGAUGGAACAGGAAAUUGAAAAUCUGCAAAGGCAACUGAAUAUCAAAACUGCUUCAUUACAAUCUUUGAUGUUAGCCAAAUCGGAUACCAAUAAAACUGACAAACUGACAGAAGAAAAUGAGAGUUUGAAGUUAAAAGUUGACGAACUUCAGAAGCAAGUUUCCGCGUUCACGACGCAGAUUCAGGAUCAAAAACUGGAAAUUGCCAAAAUGAAAGAUGCCGUCUCUGUCGGAGAUGUGUCUCGCCAAAACCUGGAUUCAUUAAGUGAAAAAUUGUCUGAAAUGGAUCGAACUUUGAAAGAGGAGCAACAGCAGAAAUCUCAGUUGAGAAACCAAACGGAAACUUUGAAAAAUGCGUUAUCCACAUCUGAAGACACUCUCUCAAAACUGAAAGUCAAACUUUCCCAAUUUGAAGAAAAUGCUUUAGAACUCAAAAAGGAAAAUGACAGACUGAAAAUGUCGGAAAGAGAUGCGACACUUUUUGAUAGUGGAAGGAUAAAAGAAUUGCAACAAGCACUGGGUGAUGAAAGAGAUAAUAACGCAAUUUUGAAUGUUCAGUUGAGAGAGAAAGAUGGAAAAAUCGAUCGGAUACAAGUUGAUCUUCUUGCUUCUGAAUCUCGAGCUCAGCAGGCUGAAGAAGAUGUUAGGGAAAUGAAAGAUCGGAUAUUGAAGGGGAAGAAGGAUGAUGACUCCAACCAGCUGCUUCAAGAUGAACUCAGAAAGGCUGAAGAGAAAUACCAACAAGCUCAGAAGAAAAUAGAAAACUUUGAAUCUUCAAUUCAGCAGCAAGAAUCUCAAAUCAGAGAGCUUGACGUGGCUUUGAUGGAGUCAAAAAGACACUUGGAGAAGUUAGGAGAACAGAGAAAAAUGGAAGAAAGUACGGCAAAUGAGGAGAUAAAAAGACUGAAAUCUCAAGUACAACAAUCAGAACAAGAACUGGAAACACAGAAGAAACGAGUGGUGGAAAUGGUAGAAGACCGGAAAGUUCUAGAGUCAAAAGCUUCAGUUGCCGACGAAAUCAGCACAUUGAUGAGUUCGUUGAAUUCAUUGAGAGAAGAGAAUCGACAGUACGAAGAGGAAGUUCGUUCACUUCAAAAUGAUAUCCGAAGUCUCCAGGAUGAAGUUUAUCAACACCAAGACGCAACUUCUGAAUGGAAGAAUAGAGCUGAACAAGCGGAAGAAGAUAUGGAAAAGCAGAGUCGUAGAGUGAAAGACACUGAAUCUUCACGAGGUGCUGAAAUUACAAGAUUGGAGGACGAGAAGAGACAUUUGGAAGAACAAUAUGAGAAAGCUGAGGAAGAGAAGGAUCAGGCAAUCAAACAAGCUUCCGAAUCUGUUAGAUCAAUGAAGAGAGAAAUGACAGAGGCUUCUAUUAAUUCUGACCGGCAAAUUCAAACGCUGAAAGAAAAAACUGACAGUUUGACGAGAGAAUUAGAGUCAUCAAAAAGAAGAAUGGAACAACUUCAAGAAGACCAAACAAAGUUUGUCGGAUCCCAUGAUGAAAUUAAAACGCAAUUGAUGAAAGAUCUUCAUGAAUCUCAGGAGGGAAUGGAAAAAUUGAAAAUGGAAAUCGGUCAGCUGAAGUCAAAGAAUGAGACACUGGAGAGAGAUUUAGAAGAGUCUGAGCAUUUAUCUGGAAGAUUGAAGGAGCAACUGGAGAAAGCUGAUAAGAAGAUGGAGGAUACUAAAUCACAGUUGCAUGAAGCCGAAGAUCUGGCUGAUCGUCUUCGAGAGGCACAGAUUUUGAGUGGAAAUGUGGAAUCCAAGUUUUCUGAUUUGCAAAAGGAGAACAAGAUCGAAAUGGAAAAGAUCUUGGAGAAUCAUAAGAAGGAGAUAGAAAAAUUAAAUGAAGAGUUGAAGAAGAGUCAUACAGAACAUACUUCAUUGGAGACUGUUUUGGAAGAGCAACAGAAGGAAUUGGUGCAAUUACAGAAUCAAUUACAAGAUGAGAAAGAACAGAGUUCAAGUUUCAUGGCAUUGAAUCAGAGAUUGAAGAAAUCGGAGAAAGAAAAAGAAGCACUGCAAGAAAGAUUACAGGAGCAUACUACCAAGAGUUCAACUAAUUCGAAAUCCAUUGAAGAUUUGGAAGAGAAAGUGGCCGAGUUGGUGAACACUAACAAUUUACUAGUAAAAGAUGUGGAGAAACUGUCAGCCUCAUUGGAUUCCAAAACUCACCAAUUGAAAGAAGCAGAAUCAGAAAAGAAGAGAAUUCUAGAAGAAAUAGAAGAUUUGAAGAGUUCGACACCUACUGAAAAUCCUGAAAUUGAAGAGUUGACCACUGAGAAUGCUCGUCUUGCUGGUGAACUUUUGAAGUUCCAUAGUGCCGCCGAAAAGUCAUUACAACAAGAAAAAGAGAAGAUUUCCAAGCAGUUUGAAGAGCGUUUGAAAACAGCGAACCUGGAGAAAACUAGACUUGCCUCAGAACUACAAAUGGCAGAAUCAAAGAGAAAUACUCUUGAAAAGCAGGUGGAUGAUCUUCAGACUCAAGUAGAAACUGCCGAGAGACGACGACGGGUGGAUAUUCAUCAAUUGGAAUCGUUAAGAGAAGAAUUGGAUCAAACGAAGAACGACAAUGAAAAGUUGAAAUCUUCAACUCCUGUGGCUCCUCCAAGAUCCAACACAAGAACAAUAUCGAAUAUGUCUGCUAUGACCAACUGGACUCAAGCUGAUUUCAGUGAUUGUGAAGAUUUGACAAGGCUUCGAACAGAAAUUGACAAACAAAAACGGUUGAUCAUUGUACUUCGUCGCAAACUCCAAGGAUUGCAACAAUAA